AUGGAGUCAGCUUCACAGCCAAUUGAAUAUGUCGAGUGUAGGCACCCACUCUUCGAUGUUGACCAGCUCGAAGAGCCUGCCGACACAGACCAACUAUGCGGAAAACGCAUCAAGACGUUGACCGAUAUGCUGCUUAACGGGGGCAGGGGCGUAUACGAUAAGCUGCUGGAGUUCCAUGGCUGGGGUUAUAAGUAUAAUACUGAUUCUCAUCCUUCCCUUCAGCCAAGGCGGGUAAAAAUGGCAAUCCUGAUGAAAAUCCUCUGGAAUCAAGCUGAAUAUCACCAGCCCAAGUCAUUGGAAGAACUCUUCAACUGGGAAAGGGACGCCGGCCCUCGAUUGCUGAGACAGGGGUGUGUUCAAGGGUUGAACAAUUACCUACCCAUAAGUAGGUGUUCCCCUGAUCCCCCAAGGGUUUUGCAAGCAUCAGACUCACGGACCCGUGGGUCUGUUAGGACUUCAGGUGAUAUACCGGAGGAGUAUGUGAAGGUUAUGGAGAAACAACUAUAUAAAAUUGGUAAGCUCGACGAAGAGCUUCUUGAACUUGCGACACCACAAGGGGAUCAAACUGAAGAAGAACAAAGCGAACUCAUUGAAAGUAGUACUGACAGUUCGGAAGAUUCCGAACAUACAGAGUGGGUCCCUUCAACCAGUCCUGAGGACCAGGGAGACGAGGAUGAAAUGAGCGACAUCGAAGAGGAGGAAACCUCUGACCGUGGUGAUGGGGAUCCUAUGGAAGAAUGUUCCUCGGGUGGCAGAACACCAACUCCUACGACAAAAGUCGAAAGCCCUGCUACGCAGCAUAGAGAAAGCUUCUCAGAGAGCCGGAGACCAAGUGAACAGAACACCGAAGGUGUCAGUGACCCUAACACCACAACUUCUACAUCCCAGCAGUUCCGGAGAGCAGAACCAGUACCUACCCAGCAUGCCCAGUUAGUUACUGAGGCAGUGCAACGUGCUGUCAUGAAAUUCACUUAUCACGAGCUUGAACGCCAUCAGACUGCUGCCCCAUUGGACAUGCCACGACCAUGGCUGACCGCCAACUUAAAUACGAUGAACAAUGUCCAGUACAGCUUACACCCAGUGACAGCUGAGGUAGAGCUGCUCACGGCAGACAAUCCGCGACGCCCCCGGACUACCAGGUCUUAUAGAGGCCGAGGCCCUGUUAGCAAGAAAUACAGCGAAAGUGCGAUUGGCUGUGCUAUCGUCGCAGGUCGACUGCUAGAUGCCGGGUCCACCAACAUCGACCGCAAGCAGCCGGGCUGGCAGAAUCGCUUCACACCUCUUGAGCAAACCUUCAUUGAAGCGACCGAUGGUCAAUGGGAUUUCCUCGAAAGAGAAGAAAGUAUUGGGCUAGUCGAAUGCUAUGCUAACGUGCUCCCUCAACUGGGCAUGGGGCCUACUUGGGAUAUGCGAAGCGCCUGGCGCAAAUUUACGGGCAACUUUGACCAGUUCGCGUGCUCCUACAAUGAAGAGACUACUGCGCACUGUGAGUGUGGGCCAUCCAGGGAUAGCAGAACCACUGUGGAUGGCACCCGCUUGACCACUCUGGCACCGCCUGUGCUCGAGACUGAUCGGAACGGCGUGAGUAUGGAGGAGGUACUGUCUCGGGUAUUUGACCCUCAGCGCCAGAGAACCUGCAUCAAAUGUAACCACUCGGUUAACUAUGAGAGACGAUUCAAAAACGUCCCCAUGCGCCUGGUAGUGGAACUCGGUCCUAAUGUGUCUAUACGGUCGCAUACAAAGGACAUUACCCUAUCAUAUCGUGAUGAUGGUGGUGAGGGGCAUAAAGCCACAUACCGCUGGAUAGGAGGGAUAUACUCAUCAGCACCAGGUUUUUUGUGUCUCUUGUGGACUGGUGCCGAACGUGGGGUGCGCUGCACGAACCUGUAUUCGUAUGAAAGCGAUUUGCACGACGGAGCCAUACUUGGAUUUCCCAUGUCAGAAAACCACGCGGACCAAGUGCCCGAGCAUUUUUGGAGGAACCAGCAGAUCCCCUUGCUCUUCUACGAGCGGGUUAUGAACCCGAGUAUUGGCGAGCUCCAAGUAGCUGUGAGUGCAGUUAGCGGCAUGCUAGAGUCUGCCUCCCAGGGUGAGCUUUUCCUCCAGCAAAGUCCUGGUUGGGCCCCGCCCGAACUACCACCUCGGCAGGAGAACCAAUAUCCUUGGGAACGUUACAUGCCUAAAUGUAUCAGACGCUUUAAAUGUGCCAAUUCGGAUCUUCGACGCAUGUUAGUCCGAGGUACGCAACCCCAGGCGCAACCCCAGGCGCAACCCCAGGUACAAAUUCAGGCGCAACCCCAGGUGCAAGCCCAGGUGCAAGCCCAGGUGCAACGCCAAGAGCAGGCUGCACCUAACUGGCCUAGAAGAGCGCGAGCACAGCCUUACGCUCCAGCUCAUCCAUACGCGAUUAUGUCCAUGUCCCCCACACCGAUAAUGUCAGCAGAUACGCCAUCCCCUGGGACCAUGAUGUCAGCUUCAUCGUAUGUAGGUGGUGCAAUGCCACCACCUCCUCCUAGGACCAGGCCGAUGUAUAUCACUAGGCCAGGAUAUGUGCCUCCUGCCAGUCCUGUUCGGCAACACCCCCCUCUCCAUCAUCCAGCUCUCCAUGGGUCUUUGGCUUCCUCUCCUGUAGCCUUUCCUCAACAGAGAGUCGCUUACAGUCCGGGGAUUCCGACCACCGCUCCACCCCCUUAUGAAGUCGUACAGGCGAUGACCAACCAAAUGCAGCUGACAAACCCGAAUGGUAACGCCUCUGGUGGCUAUGGGCCUACCAUGAUGGGUCAAUCCUCCUCGCCGCGACCACAACCACAGCUACCACCAACCCAUCCAGAGAAUUGGGAGAGUAGGCCCGGCCACCAUGGACCUCGCCAGUGA